AUGUUCUUCUCCCAACCCGCUCACAUCGCCAAGGCUGCAGAGCUCAAACAGCAGCCUCCCAAUGGCACACCCUACUCUCUACCCAUUCCUGGAACCGAGCAGCCUGGCCGCAGUGCUGUAUACCGCGCAUGGAAUUCGCAGAAGGAGUUGUUGAAGACCCUGGAUCCUCAGAUCGUGACCGCUCAUGAUAUGUUUGAAGUCACGGCCAACCGCCAACCCAAGAGUCACUGCCUCGGCUGGCGCCCGUUCAAUCCCACAACCAAGACCUUCGAUCAAUAUCAGUGGCUCACAUACGAGACCGUACAGAAGCGACGCGCGGCAUUCGGUGCUGGUCUAGUGGAACUGCACAUCAAGCACGACUGCCAUCGCCCCGGCCAAUAUGGUAUUGGUCUUUGGUGCCAGAACCGACCAGAAUGGCAGAUCACCGAUCUUGCUUGCAUGUCCCAGAACCUCUAUUCUGUCUCUAUCUAUGAUGUCUUGGCCCCGGAUGCUACAGAAUAUAUCAUUAACCACGCGGAGCUGAACUGUGUCGUCACCUCGCUUCCCCACAUUCCCACUCUCCUUAAGCUUAAGUCGGUCCUGCCUAACCUUAAGAUGAUUGUCUGUCUGGAUCCUCUUGAGGCUGGCGAGCAGGAUAGUCUGUCUAAGCGCGCUCUGCUGGAGUCGAUGGCUGCUGACCAAGAUCUUGCCAUCUACACAAUUGACCAGGUUGAGGCUAUAGGUGAAGCUUCAAAGCGUGGAUACAACCUUCCUGCCCCAUCAGACACUGUCACCAUUAACUAUACUUCCGGCACCACUGGACCACCCAAGGGUGUUGUUCUGACCCACGGAAGUGCCGUAGCUGCCACUUCGUCUGGUCUCAUCACCGUUGCCCCCGCUCGAGGUGACACCAUGUGCUCUUACCUUCCGCUAGCUCACAUCUAUGCUCGUCUAGCGGAGCACACCGCUUUCUUUGGUGGUGCGCGCAUUGGCUACUUCCAUGGUAACAUUGCGGAGCUGGUCGACGAUCUGAAGCUGCUGAAACCCACUGGAUUCAUGUCCGUUCCUCGUCUCUAUAACCGCUUCGGUUCUGCCAUUCGAGCCGCCACAGUUGAGGCACCAGGCUUCAAGGGUGCUCUCUCUCGGCACAUUGUUGCCGUCAAGACCGCGAACCUCAAGAAUCCGGAUGCAUCCAAGGCUACAUUCCGACACGCGCUGUAUGACCGGAUCUGGGCCAAGAAGGUUGCUGCAGCUCUUGGAAUGGAGCGCGCGAGGUACAUGGUAUCGGGCUCGGCACCUUUGGAUCCGACGUUGCACGACUUCCUGCGUAUCACUACCGGCACCCCUAUCAUUCAAGGAUACGGGUUGACAGAGUCUUACGCCUGCAGUAAUGCACAGUCGGAUGAGGAUGUGACCUCGGGUAACUGUGGCCAAUUGGCUCUUUGUAUGGAAGCAUGCCUCCUCUCUCUACCGGACAUGGAGUAUUCAGUGGAGGACAAGCCCUUCCCCCGUGGGGAGCUACUUCUGCGUGGCAACAGCAUGUUCCGCGAAUAUUUUAAGAACCCCGAAGAAACUGCCAAGGCCGUGACCGAGGAUGGCUGGUUCCGCACCGGUGACGUGUGCACAGUGGAUGCGAUGGGCCGAUUCAUCAUCAUUGACCGUCGCAAGAACGUACUCAAGCUAGCCCAGGGUGAAUACAUUUCUCCUGAGCGAUUGGAGGGUGUUGUCCUUUCGGAGCUCGGCUAUCUCGCCCAGGGCUACAUUCAUGGCGACAGCGUGCAGACCUUCCUUGUUGGUAUCUUCGGUGUUGCGCCUGACUUGUUCGCUCCGUUCGCUAGCAAGGUUCUUGGCCGAACAAUUGACGGCACAGAUCUGGAUGCGAUCAAGACUGCGCUGGAAGAUGACAAGAUCCGCCGAGCCGUGAUCCGGGAUCUCGAACGCGUGGCCAAGAAGCACAAGCUGGCUGGCUACGAGCGCGUUCGCAACGUUUCUCUGAAGCUAGAACCCUUCACCGUGGAGAACAACCUAUUGACUCCUACACUCAAACUGAAGCGCCCUCCUACCACCAAGGUGUACCGCGGACUCUUGGACCAGCUCUAUGCUCAGGCAUUGGAGGAGCAGUCUGCUCCUCGGGCCAAGCUGUAG